CGUUAAAGUUAUCAGAUACUGUCUGCCUGUUAACUAUUAACUAGUCCGGUGGUGGUCUAUUCUCUCUACUUUCUCACCCUCUCAACCUCCCUCCAUCCGAACACACGCCUCUUCUUUCCCCCCUACCUUACCCCCCCUCCAACCCAUCACCAUCAACAUCAACAAUUUCCCACCGUCCUCUUCGACUCCGUGCAACUCUCCGAUCUGGUCUGGCCGGGUACAGCAUAGCAUACCUGCAUAACUGCCGCACUGCAGGUCACCACCACCUCCACCACAUCAACCACAUCAUCCUCCACAUCCAUCCACAACCACCACAGUCACAACACCCACCACCAUGGCGUCCUUCUUCUCCAGUGUUCGCCAAGGAUUUGGCGGUAAGAAUAAAGGCACGCAACCAGGCAAAGGCAACGGUCAAGGAACUCCUUCUCCCACCACGCCUUCUUAUUCUCCAUCUGGUGGGCAGAUUCCAGCUGUUCCUCCUAUGCCACAUUCUCCUGCUUUGUCCUCCAACAUGUCGUUCGAAGGCCAGGCUGCACAAGAACCACCCACUUCCUCUUCUUCCUCGCGCAGGCCGCCUUUCUUCUUCCGUGAAGAAUACUCCAACUUGAUCGUUAAGGGUAAUUUCAUGACUCUUGCUGCGAAGCCUAAGCUUGUCGAGGAAGGCGAAUGGCUCGCACAUCAAGUCGUCGAACAGUACCGAUUGCUGGAGCAAAUGAUCGACAUCGUCAAAGUCAUCGACGAUAAAACCGGCAGGCCAAUCUGCAACCCUGAAGUCUGUCCGACCAUGUCGGCCAGUGGUCACACCUAUACCUGGUUGGACAACAACAAGAAGCCUAUCAAGAUUCCAGCCAUCCAGUACGUCAACCUGGUGCAGAAGUGGAUCGUGGGCAAGAUCAACGACCCCUCCAUUUUCCCAACAGACACAUCUUCAGCUGCAGCGUACCCUUCAGGUUCCUUGACUCCUGCGGGCACACCCCAACCUCUCGGACCCACCAACCUCAAUGCACCUCUUAACCAACUCUCUGGUCGCGAGUGGCUGGGUAAGAGUUCUGGAUUCCCAGAGACCUUUGAGUCAGAUAUCAAGAGCAUCUACCGCCAAAUGAUGCGGUGCUAUGCUCAUCUCUACCACGGCCACUGGCUCGAUCUCUUCUGGAACGUGGGAGCCUACAAGGAGCUCAACACUUGUUUCGUGCAUUUCAUCAACGUCGGCAAGCUGUUCGGGCUCUUGGGCGACAAGGAGAUCGAACCCAUGCAGCCACUCGUUGACAUCUGGCUGGCAAAGGGUCUGCUCCCGCCACCCGCUCAGCAACAACAGAAAGAGAACGUUCCUACUGGAAGCGCACAGCAGGCUGUCCAUGCUUCCUGAGGGUAGCACAUGUAUAUGAUUGAUGUGUUCCUGAACUUGCACUGGAAGUAAAGGGUUGUACCGGAUCUCAGGGUUCAUGCGUAUUGAACGACAUGGUGGAAUAGAGGGGGAGAGAACAGUGUGGCGUGGCAGUAUCAAUGCCCGACACACUCACUUGCAUAUCGGUGGUGGGGGAAAGGGUCUCGAUGACGGCGUCACGGAUUGUUGACAUCGAAAGUAAAUACAACAAAUGCAUAUCUAGCCCAGAAUUUGACUCGCGUUGAAGACAAACGAAAGUCUUCCUUUACAA